AUGACUUCUCCCGCAAGUCAACAAGCCCCGAUUCCCGCGCCGAACGCUUCUGCCAACGCUUCCGCUACGUCCUACGCUUCUGCAGCCGGCGCAGCGAAGAAGGCUUCGACGCUGGUUGCGACGGGAAGCUCCAACUCGCCUCUUGUUGCGGCUGGAUCAUCGGUGCCGGCGGCACAACAUGCUAAGUCGAACUCGGUGUCGCCAGUAAACGGCCGGUCCAACCCGCCCAUCAUGCCUGCUGUUCCCACUGUGGUUGCUCCGGCAGUCGUGCAUGGCACGUCCAGCACAAAUGGCGCCAGUGAUUCACACAGCCGAAAGCCUUCCGUCACUAUGAACCCGAACGGCCUCAACAGCUACUCCGCCAACGGCAGCACUGUCGGCGGCGCCAAAGGCAACAUCCAAUUCGGAUAUCAAAGCUCGCCAGCUGUCUCUCACAGCACCCCUCAGGGCAUCUCAGCACCCAUCCCUAUUCCCGGUGGCAACCCGCGCGUCACUUCGCCUCAGCAUUCGCCGUCGCCCAUUCCGCAGCCCUCGGCCAGCGGUGGUGGUCGACCCCCCUCUAAUGCUCAGCCAGGCAGCACCGUGACAUUCGGCAGUUUUGGUGGCGAUAGCCACAUGCGACGGCCUUCUAAUUCUCAGAACCCGCCCGUCCACAUCCGCAACGAGUCUUCCCAGUCCAUGGUUAGCGACCCGAGCAACCAAGGUGGACCUCCGCAAGUUGGAGGACCUGGACGUGGCGGCUACCAAGCAAACCGUGGCGGUCGUGGAGGAUACGGUGGAAAUUUCGGUGGCCACACACAGCAGAUAGGAGGCUACCCGCCCAACAAUAACAACCAGUUCCGCAACGGUCCCCCUCACGGCCGUGGCGGCAUGGCUCCGAACUUCACGCCGCGUGCACAAUACCAAGGCACGCCUCCGCAAAGCCGCGCCAGCCCUGCUCUACAGUCGGCUAUGCCAAUGACUCCGGGCAUGACCGGUCAUAACGCGCCGCAAUACUACUACCCGCCCCCGAACAUGGGCCAACCAAUGCCACAAGUACCUACCCCCAACCCCCAGCCAUCUUUCUUUGAUCACAAUACAUUCAAGCAAGGCAAGAGAAAAGGCCAGCGAAGUCGUGAAGGGGAGAAGUUUCCUCAGAAUCACCAACGCUCGGCCUCGUUCAAUGCUGGCUCGCAGGAACGCUCACAAAGGGCCAGACGCAAUAGCAAGCGAAUGGAACCGCGUAGCUUUCACGAGCGGGCGGAUUCGAGAUGCUGUGGAACCCAAGGCUUUCUUGCUCCCCUCGAGCGGGAGGAGCGGAAAGACAUGGCACCGCUUCCACAACAUCCUCCGGCGUUGCCUCUUGCGCCUCCUCCUAUCCUAUACCCGCCUUCAGGGCCGCGUCUCGACCUGCGGCCAGAGACUGGUAACUUUGAAAGGUUGCUGACCAAAGUACAGCAGUAUCCGUACAACCCACAGUUCGACCCUAUGCGCGGCCCCAUGCCCAAUUACAACAUGUACGGCCCCAUGGUGCAUGGCCAGCCUCAUUCCCCUUCGCCCGGCUUCCAGGCCCCGUAUCCCGCACCUGGGCAGUACAAUCCUCAGGGCGGACAGCCCAUGUCACGUAACUCAUCACAGGUUUCCGAACAGCGACCGGCAUCCAGCACUGGUCAAAAUCAACCGCCCCAGGGUACACCGCAACCUCAUUUAGCUCAAGUCAAGCCCGCUGUUGUCUCUUCACCACAGUUCACACGCCCUAACAAGAGGGUUAGUGCUGCAAUCACUAUCAAGAAUCCAUCUGACGGUGCUGUGGUGGAUCUGCAAAAACUCAAAGCACCUGCAUCGCCGGCGCCCAGCGUACAGUCCAAAACGCCCCCAGUCAUUGCUUCCACUCCCACACCCCCACCCAAGCCCUCUACUCCGAAAAUAGUUGCGCCCGCGCAUACUCGUACUGAUAGCGCAACCGCCACCAAGACCCGCGAAGAAGUCCAAAAUGAGUUGAGGGAGAAGAUUGCCAAACAAAUCGCCGACGGCGGCAAGUCCAAGGAAGAUGAAGCUGCCGCCAUUGUUGCCAAGGCCGCUUCCGACAAGGCGGCUGAGGAAGCCAGAGUCGCCGAGGAGAUGGCCAAGGCUGCUGCUGAACGGAAAGCUAUCGAGGACAAACUCAAGGCAGAGCAGGAGGCGGCAGAGGAAGCCAAGGCUGCCGCGGAAGCCAAAGCGAAGGAAGAAGCGGAUGCGAAGGCAAAGGCCGACGCUGAAGCUGAAGCCGAGGCCGCGGCCGCAGCCGCAGCUGUCAAGGAAUCCGAGAAGAAAGAUGAGCCUGUCGUUGAUGAGGAAGACGAGAUGGAGCGCGCCAUUCGCGAGAUGGAAGAGCUUGAGGCCCAACGUGAGAAGGAGCAGGAAGAGUAUGAGAAGAAGAAGGCGAUUGAACGUGAAGCCAAGAAGAAGGUUGAUGAAGAAGCAAAGAAGAUUAGCAUCGCCGAGAACGACCGCAAGAUGCGCGAAGCCGAGGCAGAGGCAGAGCGUCUUGAGGAAGAGAAGGAGCGUCGCCGCCAAGAAAGUGAAGCCAAGCCGAAGACCGUUGCCCAGGCUAUGGCCGAAAUCCGCGCCGGCAAAGAGAGCACCAUGUCAACGCCCACCGAGACUGUUAGCAAACCUGCUAAUUUGACCAUCAACGACAAGUUGAGUGCUGUUGCCGGUUCAAAGGUCAGUCCCGGGGAGAAGCGUGGUACCAAACCGCCUCCUCUAAACCUCAACACGAAAGCCGUCGAGCCACCCCAGCCCAGUGCUGCCCUCCAGUCCUUGAAGACGGCUAGAUUGCUCAGACCGGAACAAUUGCUCAGUCUUUCGUACCCUGCUGGCAUCAAUGGCAUGAGCUCACCUAACCCCGCGUUGAAUGCUGCCGUCUCAAAGAAGGGUACUUCUUUCAAAUACGACCCGAACUUCUUGCUGCAAUUCAAAACUGUUUUCACCGAGCAGCCUUCAAUGGAAUUCCACCAGCAAGUCAAGACCUUGAUUGGCGAUAACGACGGAGGUCGGUCUGCAUCUGCUAGAACUCCAGGCCCAGGUUCCGGCCGCCAGAACUCUAGAACCGGUGCCCCCGGCGCCUUUGCCAUGGGUAACUUUGGCGCGCCUCCUGGUGCAACAAGGACACUGCCUCCGGGCACUACUUCCGCUGACCGCUUCAAAAUGUCUGAGGGUGCCAUAUCUCGCCCUCCGAUUGGAAAUCCAAUGGCAAGCUUCGCACGGCCUGGAGGUCCUUCCUUCGGUGGCAGCUCCAUGUCGAGAAACCCGUCCAGCUCCAAUAUGGGUCCCAACUCCCCGAGACAGAGCAGCCGCUCUACACGCAACACCAGCAAGCGCGAUACCUUCGGCAAGUCGGAAGGACAGGCAGCUAAGACCAUGCCUCUUACCGCCGGCAUGAAGAUAGAGACGCUCAGUGUAUCUUCCUCUGGCUGGAAGCCGACAAGCAUUGGGCAAAGACCAAGUGCGGCUGCAACUGCGCCAAACGGCCUCAUGGAUCCUGCCAUGGUACAGAGAAAGGUCAAGGCAGCUCUGAACAAGAUGACGCCAGAGAACUUUGACAGAAUCUCCCAGUCCAUUCUGGACAUUGCCGGCCAGUCCAAGGAUGAAUCAGAUGGAAGGACGCUCCGACAAGUAAUCCAACUGACAUUCGAGAAGGCCACUGAUGAGGCUCACUGGGCAUCCAUGUAUGCCAAGUUCUGCCAGCGGAUGCUGACGACUAUGAGUCCAGAAAUCCGUGAUGAAAACAUUUUGGACAAGAACGGCCAGGUUGUCAGUGGUGGUGCUCUGUUCAGGAAGUACCUCUUGAACCGAUGUCAAGAGGAGUUUGAACGUGGCUGGAAGACCCAACUGCCCGAGGCCAAAGAUGGUGACAAGAAGUCUAUGGAAGCUGUGAUGCUAUCUGAUGAAUACUACAUCGCUGCUGCGGCCAAGCGACGUGGACUGGGUCUCGUUCAGUUCAUUGGUGAACUCUACAAGCUGGGCAUGUUGACCGAGAGAAUCAUGCACGAAUGCGUUAGGAAGCUUGUGGAUUACCAAGGUGCGCCCGACGAAGCAGAGGUUGAGUCGCUUUCGAAAUUACUGCGAACGAUUGGUGGUAAUCUGGAUGCUACCGAGAAGGGUAAACUUAUGAUGGAUGCCUACUUCACGCGCAUACGGGGCAUGACCGACCAUCCUGAGAUCAACAGCCGUCUCAAGUUCAUGCUCAUGGAUGUUAUUGACCUGCGAAGGGUUAACUGGGCUUCAAAGGAAGCAAACAAGGGUCCCAAGACCUUGGAAGAAGUUCGCGUCGAAGCCGAGGCGGCGGCAGCUCAGAAGGCGGCAGAGAAUGCCAGAGGCAAUCAACGUGGUGGAGGUGCACGAGCACAGAUGGGCCGUGGUGAUGCGAGACAGUUUUCAUCUGGGUUCCCUCAGGCUGCGCAAAAUCAAGUUGGCAUGGACGACUUGCGUCGUCUCAAAGGUGGCGCCAACCGGAUGUCCAGUCAAAACCUCUCCUUGGGCCUGGGCCCCACGUCCAUGUUCUCCUCGAGAAGUAACAGUGGCAGGCGUCUUGGCCCUGGUGGUUCACUCAGCCGCGGUCCCGAAGACUCCGGAGCAUCAUCGAGAACUGGGACACCUCCCACAAGGGAACCACAGAGCACCAAUGCUUUCAGUCUCCUGGCUAACAUGGAAGACAACCCAGCUUCUCCUCCAUCCACUGCAGCUUCACCAGCGUUGUCCAAGGUCGCACCGGACACUGCGGCUGCGGCUGGGAAAGGAGAGUAG